ACAUACACGGAGUUGCGUGCGUGUUUGUCGUUCAUAUGCAGAUUUGAAAGACGGGAGGCGAGCUAGUGACAACAUUCCUCUUUUUUACGUACACGGCGGCAAUACCAUAGAUUGUUAAUUUCCAAUAAAAUAAGUACCAUCCAACCACGCUUCUUUUCUAUAUCGUUUUAUUGAACGUGAUCGCAGAGAAUAUUAGGCUACGUAAUCACACCUGGUGUCUGUGUUCUAAUCGGAACGGCCCACGGCGAGUUGAGGUUUUUGCGUGGAGUUCAUUACCGUGUUGAGAUUCGAUAUCCGUAGGACCAAAAGUAAAUAAGACCACACACAAUGGGUUUGACUAUAUCGAGUCUAUUCACACGACUGUUCGGCAAACAACAAAUGCGGAUUCUUAUGGUCGGGCUGGAUGCAGCGGGUAAAACAACAAUUCUAUACAAAUUGAAAUUGGGCGAGAUCGUGACCACAAUUCCAACGAUCGGUUUCAAUGUGGAGACGGUCGAAUACAAGAAUAUCUGCUUUACCGUGUGGGAUGUCGGCGGCCAGGAUAAAAUCCGACCUUUAUGGCGUCAUUACUUCCAAAAUACGCAAGGUCUGAUAUUCGUAGUGGAUUCAAAUGACCGCGAACGAAUUGUAGAAGCUGAGAAUGAACUGAAAAACAUGCUUCAAGAAGAUGAACUCCGGGACGCUGUAUUACUUGUGUUUGCUAACAAACAGGAUCUCCCGAAUGCAAUGAAUGCCGCCGAGCUGACAGAAAAAUUAAAUUUAAAUCAAUUAAGGAACCGACGUUGGUACAUCCAAGCGACGUGCGCCACACAGGGACAUGGACUAUACGAAGGACUCGAUUGGCUAUCAAAUGAAUUAGCUAAGAAAUGAUAGAACUGUGAGGCUCGUGUAUGAAAUUUCUUAUCGUAAUCUAAAUUUAAUUUUUCUCCUUUCUUUUAAAUGUCUUGUUUUAUUGUUAUAAAAUGAUACUUUCCUCAUAAAAAGUUUAUCAAUUUCAAAGUUCUAGUUCUAAUCGUGUGACCACCCGUUUCUUAUGCGUUCCCAUUCUGGAGACAAUUAGAUCCGCGCAUAUUUCAUAUUUUGCGAAAUUAACAUUUUACUUUGGCUUUCCAAACUUGCUCGACAGCUAAUCGCAUCCAUAAUUGCAAUAAAGUACGAGUUCAAAAAGACACGAAAACAAUACGAGAUUAAAACCAUUCUGUAAAAUGGGUCGAACGUAAAAUUGAUUGAGGGAUUCAAUUGGAUCAUAGGAAGAACUGGUGCUGCGUUUUUUUUUUUGUUAACAAUUAAUUUGCAGAUGCUUUUGUUUUUUGUUCUUUUUUUUUCACUAAAGUAUUUCACAACGAUAAAUAAGGGAGAGAGUCUCGUUUGUGAAAUGCUUGGUUUUUACUAUAAAGAAUAGAAAAAAAAACAGAAUUUGUGAAGUUAUAGAGCUAAAAAGGGGAAAUAAAAACUAUUUAUAAAA